AUGAGCGUCCUGCUCCCCAACAUGGCGGACUUUGACACGAUCUACGAGCUGGAGGAGGAGGACGAGGCGGCGGCGGCGGCGCCCGGGGCGGCGGCGGUGGUGCGCAGCCAGGAGCUGCCGCGGCCCCGCGACGCGCCCGAGCCCGUGGCCGUGCGGGGCGCCGGGCACAUCACCGUGUUUGGCUUGAGCAACAAGUUUGACACGGAAUUUCCCUCUAUUCUGACAGGAAAGGUGGCCCCCGAAGAGUUCAAGACCAGCAUCAGCCGCGUGAACGCGUGCCUGAAGAAGAACCUGCCGGUCAGCGUGAAAUGGCUCCUCUGCGGCUGCCUGUGCUGCUGCUGCACUCUGGGAUGCAGCCUCUGGCCCGCCGUCUGCCUGAGCAAGCGAACGAGAAGAUCGGUUCAGAAGUUGUUAGAAUGGGAAAAUAACAGAUUGUACCACAAGCUUGGCUUGCACUGGAAGUUGAGUAAAAGGAAAUGUGAAACUAGCAAUAUGAUGGAAUACGUAAUACUAAUAGAAUUCUUACCAAAAUACCCCAUAUUCCGACCUGACUGAAGAACAGUAUUACCUUUCACGUUACCUGUCAUUUCCUACCUGUAGUGCCUUGUAGGGGAUGUUGGAGAGAAGAUGGUCUACUUUGCUGUGAUUUAAAAAAAAUCAGAAGUGUUCUUUGGUAGAGUUACCUUCCUUGCUAUGUUAAUUUCUUUUGUUUUAAGAAGAAAACAAUUUGCACAUUUUUUAACCGUUAAAUAACGAGGCUUGUGUGUGCACUCCUGAAUUUCUUUUAACAGUAACUGAUAGCCGUUGCCACUCACGAUAUCGUAUCAGUGCUGGUUUGUAGCCUUGUCCGCAUAUGCUGCCUUAUUAAUUUCUAAACUUGCUCUCUGUUUGCAGACAUGCACCCUAACCUAGUACGCCGAGUGUGUCACCUACAACUUCACACUCCCUUAAAUUCUUGACGAGAGAUUAUCAAGGUUAGCUUACAGUAACUAGAAAAACUUUUAAACUAAUCUGCUUGCAUAAGAGUUACCAUGCACAGCACCGGUUUUCUCCUGUACUUGCCAAGUUGCUCCUUUUGCGUUUUUUGUGGGGGGUGGGAGUGAAUUGCUCUAACACAACAUGUUGUAAAUAUUGCCUCAUUGCAUUAUAAGAUUUGUGGUAUGGCGCCCAAGGUUUACGAAAUGUAUUAUCACUCCUCCUGUUUUGAAGUUGUUCCAUAUAGAUUUAUUCUGAAUGAUGUCUGUAAGCAUCCUUUUGAAUGUAUAAACCCAUUCGCGUAUCAGACAGUAAAACUGUAAUGGGUUUGUAUGUACUACCGAAUGUUGGACUCAGAUGCACUUUGAUAAAUGAAUGCAAAAAUGCAUCGCGUUUCUCUGUUUCUGAAGGUAUUGUCACAAAAGCUGGAGGUUUAACCUCCUGAAUCCAAAGAUCGCUAAAAUUCAAGGGGGCUCCUCAGGCACAAGAGGCAUCCAGAAGCACAGCCUCUCAAACUGGGGGACUUCAAAUGCCUUUUGUGAGCUCAGAUUAUGGGGCUGGAGCCUGCCCUUCGUGGAGAAAAGGCGUCAAACAAAUCCCCCUAGGAGGUGUCUAAAGAAGCUCUUUGGUUCCCUGCCACAGAUUUGAUACAAAGAAUGUGCUUUUAAUUUAAAGGCAAGAAACAUCAGUCUCUUGCCUCAAUUGUUGUGGUUAAUGUUUAAGUACCGGCACAGUAACUAAAUUCAGAAUAACUUUAAUGCUUUGUUACCAGAAUGCUGCUUGAAUGUUCUCUUCAAAUAUUCUCUGGGUGAACAGAGCAACGAUAAUCUCCUUUUCAGAAUUAUAUUUUUACCAAAUGGGAAAGGGUUACACCAAAAAUCUGGAUAAAAUAUACUGCUGAAACAGAGCAGAGGCCACUGUCGGUUGCUGGGUUCUUGGAUUGCAGUACCUCUCUGUCCCAGUGGCUCUGUGCCAAGAGCUUGUGUUGGCUCUUGCCU